AUGAGUGAGGAGCCGGCGCCCGAGGCCGCCUCCCCGCCGCCCCCGCAGGGCCAGCACUACUUUGACCGCUUCUCCGAGGACGACCCCGAGUACCUGCGCCUUCGCAACCGCGCGGCCGGCCUGCGGCAGGACUUCAACCUGAUGGAGCAGAAGAAGCGCGUGACCAUGAUCCUGCAGAGCCCGUCUUUCAGGGAGGAGCUGGAAGGCCUCAUCCAGGAGCAGAUGAAGAAGGGGAACAAUUCCUCCAACAUCUGGGCCCUGCGGCAGAUCGCGGACUUCAUGGCCAGCACCUCCCACGCAGUCUUCCCAACAUCUUCCAUGAACUUCUCCAUGAUGACUCCCAUCAAUGACCUCCACACAGCCGACCCCUUGAACCUGGCCAAGGGGGAGCGGCUCAUGCGGUGCAAGAUCAGCAGUGUCUACCGACUCCUGGACCUGUAUGGCUGGGCCCAGCUGAGUGACACCUACGUCACGAUGAGAGUCAGCAAGGAGCAGGACCACUUCCUCAUUAGCCCUAAGGGAGUUUCCUGCAGUGAAGUCACAGCAUCCAGCCUGAUCAAGGUGAACAUCCUGGGAGAGGUGGUGGAGAAGGGCAGCAGCUGCUUCCCAGUGGACACCACGGGCUUCUGUCUGCACUCGGCCAUCUACGCAGCCAGACCUGACGUGCGCUGCAUCAUCCACCUGCACACGCCGGCCACGGCCGCGGUGUCAGCCAUGAAGUCGGGCCUCCUGCCUGUCUCCCACAAUGCCCUGCUGGUGGGGGACAUGGCCUAUUAUGACUUCAAUGGUGAAAUGGAGCAGGAAGCGGAUCGGAUCAACCUGCAGAAGUGCCUUGGACCCACCUGCAAGAUCCUGGUGCUAAGAAACCAUGGCGUGGUUGCUCUCGGUGACACUGUGGAGGAGGCGUUUUACAAGAUCUUCCACCUGCAGGCUGCAUGUGAGAUACAGGUGUCCGCUCUGUCCAGCGCUGGGGGCGUGGAGAACCUCAUCCUCCUGGAGCAGGAGAAACACCGCCCCCAUGAGGUGGGCUCCGUGCAGUGGGCGGGGAGCACCUUCGGGCCCAUGCAGAAGAGCCGGCUGGGGGAACACGAGUUCGAGGCCCUCAUGAGGAUGCUGGACAACUUGGGCUACAGAACAGGCUACACAUACCGCCACCCCUUCGUUCAAGAGAAAACCAAACACAAAAGUGAGGUGGAGAUUCCGGCCACAGUCACAGCCUUCGUGUUCGAGGAGGACGGCACCCCGGUGCCCGCCCUGCGGCAGCACGCCCAGAAGCAGCAAAAGGAGAAGACCCGCUGGCUCAACACGCCCAACACCUACCUGCGGGUCAACGUGGCUGACGAGGUCCAGAGGAGCAUGGGCACCCCCCGGCCCAAGACCACAUGGAUGAAGGCUGACGAGGUGGAGAAAUCCAGCAGUGGCAUGCCAAUACGGAUCGAAAACCCAAACCAAUUUGUGCCUCUCUAUACCGACCCCCAAGAAGUGCUGGACAUGCGGAACAAGAUUCGAGAACAAAACCGACAAGAUGUGAAGUCAGCAGGGCCCCAGUCCCAGCUCCUGGCGAGCGUCAUCGCCGACAAGAGCAGAAGCCCGUCUACAGAUAGCCAGCUGAUGGCCCAGGGCGACACGGACACCAAAGAUGAGUCAGAAGAGACGGUGCCCAACCCCUUCAGCCAACUCACUGACCAGGAGCUGGAGGAAUACAAGAAAGAGGUGGAGAGGAAGAAACUAGAACUGGAAGGAGAGAAGGAAACCACUGCCGAGGAGCCUGGCUCACCUGUAAAGUCUGCACCUGCGUCUCCAGCACAGAGUCCAGUAAAGUCGGAGACAAAGAGCCCCGUGGUCUCUCCUUCCAAGUCUUUAGGCGAAGGUGCUAAGGAGACAGAAACAAGCAAAGCCACCACAGAGCCCGAAACAACACAGCCAGAAGGGGUGGUGGUCAACGGGAGGGAGGACGAGCAAACCGCAGAGGAAAUUCUCAGCAAAGGCUUGAGCCAGAUGACCACCAAUGCUGACACGGAAGUCGACACCUCUAAGGACAAAACUGAGUCAGUCACCAGCGGCCCUAUGUCCCCAGAGGGCUCACCUUCCAAAUCUCCCUCAAAGAAGAAAAAGAAAUUCCGAACCCCAUCCUUCCUGAAAAAGAGCAAAAAGAAGGAGAAAGUGGAGUCCUGA